ACAUUUGAUAAAACGUUACCUAGUCCGGCAAUCGAAAAAUUAAUUUUGUUUUUCAUUAAUUACUGUUUAUUAUAACUAGUCCAACAUUAAAAGUUUUCAGACAAAUUGUAUGAUGUUUUAAUAUUGAAUCAUUAGUUACUGUUAUUUAUGAAUUACCUCAAAGAAUAAGUUAUAUAUAAUUGUCACUAAUAGUGUAUUUUAAAACGGUAAUAGCAUAAAACUAUUUAAGAUGCUGAGACUUUCAAAAGUACUUAAUAAACAACGUGCAAGUAUACGAAACCUCAGUGUAUUGCAAACAAAAACAUGUAAUAAUUCAAGUUUCCAAGUUGGACAAGAAAUAGAAGGAUUUGUUGUUAAAGAAAUCAGACAUAUCAGUGAUUUUCAACUUACAGCAUUACAUCUUCAACAUCAAAAAUCUGCAGCAGAUUAUUUGCAUAUUGAUAGAAAAGAUACAAACAAUGUAUUUAGUGUAGCAUUCCGUACCACUCCAAAGCAUUCUAAUGGAUUACCUCAUAUUCUUGAACAUACCACAUUGUGUGGAAGUCAUAAAUUUCCAUGUCGUGACCCAUUUUUUAAAAUGCUCAACCGCUCCAUGGCUAAUUUCAUGAAUGCCAUGACUGCGCCUGAUUAUACAUUUUACCCAUUCUGUACAGAAAAUCAAUCUGAUUAUUAUAAUUUAAUGUCUGUGUAUUUAGAUGCUGUAUUUAAUCCGAUGUUACGAGAAUCUGAUUUUCGACAAGAAGGUUGGCGUUUGGAACAUAAAAAUGUUGAUGAUAGAAACUCUCCAAUAGAAAUUAAAGGAGUUGUCUAUAAUGAAAUGAAAGGUGUUUAUUCAGAUAAUCAACAAAUUUAUAAUGAGCAUUUUCUGAAUAAUAUAUUGCCAAGUAAUACAUAUGGUGUUAAUUCCGGUGGCGAUCCUAGUAUUAUACCAUCCUUAACACAUACUGAUCUAGUUGCUUUUCACGACAGAUAUUAUCAUCCUAGUAAUAGUCGUUUUUAUUCAUAUGGCACUUUUAACUUGGAAAAACAUCUACAGUUUUUAAACGAUACAGUCUUAAAAAAUUAUUCAGCAGAUCUAUCUAUUAAAAAUGAAUCCAAGGUUCCAAAUGAAAGCCGAUGGACAUUACCUAAACGCAAACAUAUUACUUGCAGAGAAGAUCCAAUGAUACCUAAAGAUAAACAAUCAUCUUUAAGUAUUGGCACCCUGUGGAGUGAUAUUACUAAUACACAAGAUACUUUUGAGUUAGCUAUUCUUUCAAGGUUAUUAUUAAAUGGACCAAACGCUAAAUUUUACAAAGCUCUUAUAGAGCCAAACAUUGGAACAGAUUUUAGUUCUGCAACUGGUUUUACAGAUCAAACAAGAGAUACUUUUUUUGCAGUAGGACUCCAAGGAAUUAAUGAAUCAGAUUUUGAACGUGUAGAAUCAAUUUAUGAAAAUACAAUUAAAUCAAUAAUUAAAGAAGGUUUUGAUAAGCAGGAUAUUGAUAAUAUCUUACAUUCAGUAGAACUUUCUAUGAGACAUCAAACCUCAAAUUUUGGUUUACACCUGUUAUAUGGUAUUUUACCUAUUUGGAAUCAUGAUGGUAAUAUCAUAGAUUCAAUGUGUGUCAGUGAAAAAAUUGAUGAGUUUAAGAAAAAAUUAAUUAAUCAACCUAAUUACUUAGAAUCAUUAGUUGAAACAUUUUUAUUAAAUAAUAAACACAAACUUGUAAUAACUAUGUCACCACAAAACAACUAUGAAGAACUUAGAAAAAAAAAUGAAGAAAAAUUACUAAAAGAAAAAUUAGCUUCUUUAUCUGAUGCAGACAAAGACAAUAUUUAUCAACAAGGGUUAGAACUUCGACAGCAACAAGAUGCAGUACAAGAUAUUACAUGUUUACCGUCCUUGAGCCUCGAUGAUUUAAAAAAGACAACUGAUUCAGUACCACUCAAAAGAGAAAAUAUACAUAAUACACCAGUGUUUAUAUUUCCUCAACCAACAAACCAAGUGACUUAUUUUAAAAGCUUAUUAAACACAUCACAUUUUUCUCAUGAUCUUAAGAAUCUUAUUCCAUUAUUUUGUAAUGUAGUUACUAGAAUGGGUACCAAAUCCAUGGACUUUCGACAGUUUGACCAAUUAGUGAGAAAAUCCACAGGUGGUCUAAACAUAUCUCAAGGUAUUAUAGAUUCUCCUAGAGAUUUAUACAACAUGAAAGAAACCAUUAUUCUAAAUUCUCAUUGUUUGGACAAAAAUGUCAAUGAAAUGUUUGAUUUGUGGAAACAAAUAUUUUCAGAAGUAACAUUUGAAAAUGAGAAUAGAUUUAAAACUCUUAUUCAAGAAGAAGCAAGUAGUUUAGCUAAUAGUAUUUCAGGCAGUGGACACAUGUAUGCCAUGUUAUGUGCAACAGCUGGUAUCAAUCCAAUUGAUGCUCAACGUGAAUCAUAUGGUGGACUCCAGUAUGUUAGUUCCAUGAAAAGAAUUGCUCAAAUGAAAGAUUUAUCGCCUAUAUUAAAGAAACUAGAAAAAAUCAGUGAACAAAUAUUGAAUAAAAAUACUAUGAAAUGUUCAUUGACCAUUACAGAAGAUAAUUCUAAAGCUAUCAAUGGUCUUGAAAAUUUUCUGAACUCAACUUCUGGUAAUUGGAAUCUGUCAAAAGAAUAUAAUACAUUUGAAAAUUCAGACAAUGAUGUAAAAUGUUUCCAUCAUGUACUACCAUUUUCUGUUAAUUAUUGUGCUAAAGCUCUUCCUGGUGUUCAUUAUACUCAUAAACAUUUUGCUCCACUUAAAGUUCUCUGCAAGUAUAUGAGUUCAAAGUACUUACUACCAACAGUAAGAGAAAAGAAUGGAGCCUAUGGUUCUGGUGCAUCUAUAAGUUCUUCUGGUAGCAUUCAAAUGUAUUCUUAUAGAGACCCAAAACCUGUUGAAACAUUUCAAGCCUUUGACAAUGCUUGUAAUUGGGUAAAUAAAAAGAAAAUAACUCUUGAAGAGCUAAAUGAAGCAAAAUUAGCCAUUUUCCAAGGAAUAGAUCAUCCUGUUGCACCAAUGGCUAAAGGUAAUGGAUUAUUUAUAUAUGAUAUGGAUCAACAAAUCAAACAAGAACAUAGGAACCAAAUUAUGAAUGUAACAAUAGAUGAUAUUUUAAAUGUCGCUAAUUUAUAUUUUUCAAAUUCAAAUUUUGCUAAAGCUCUAAUUGGUCCAGAAAAUAAUGAGAUUAAUUCAGUAGCAAAAUGGAAUGUAACUAACCAUGAAGAUUUAUAAAAUAUUAUUGUUUUGUAAUUUAUUUAUAAAUUCAAAAGUGAU